CACCACCUCACAUCCUCAAGGAUGCUCCAGGGGUCGGAUUCCUGGUUAAUUCUAGACUUCGCUAUGCGCGGGACAACCACCGAUUGAGGAGCUGGACGGCAGGACUAUGGGCAGGAGUCGCUCGCCUAAGUCGCGCGUUAUUUCCUUUAAUAUCAGGUCGCUAUAAGACAUAAAGCCAGCAGCAGCAUCCUCUUUCUUCUAUCCAUUCUGCAAACUCACAUUUUCACAGUAUUUACUGUAGUCACUCAUUUAAACACGCUCUCUAAAACAAACACGGUCUUUACCAUCUUUUAACUCUACGACUCUUGAUACCCUCUUCUCAAACUUACGAAAUCAUCAUCAUUCAAAAUGCGUUUCUUCGCCAUCGCCGCUACCCUUGUCGCUGCCGUCUCUGCUGUCCAGUACAGCGCAGCUGAGACUUGCGCUCUUGUCACUGUUACUGUGACUGAGACCCGCAAGCACACUCCCACUGCUCCUGCCGCCCACCCACCUACCGCCCCGGCUCCCUACCCGACCACCGGCUACCCCGUCGUUCCCUCGGUCAAGGUCCCCGUCCCCAGCGGUACUGGAUAUCCUACUGUCCCCAAGGGCGGCAAGUACCCCACUCCUCCCGCCGCUGGCACUGGAUACCCCAUCCGUCCCUCCGGCACUGCUUCGCCCUCUGGCACUGGCGCCUACCACGCACCUCCCCCUGAGUUCACUGGCGCUGCUAGCGGAUUGAAGGUUGGUGGCAUGAUGAUGGGUGCCGCCGGUGUUGUUGCACUCUUCUUGUAGAGCAACUUUGUUGUGGAUCAACAUGGGUGUAUAGUGGGGAAUAGAUGAUGGAAGUUGAGCGGAUCUAUUCGAGUUGGAGCAAGGAGAGCUAGUCGGACGUUGUGGCUGUAUAUACCCUUUCGCAUCUUCCAUUGAUUAAUUUACCUUUAUUUACUUCUAGAGUUGUGACUUGGUGAACCAUGUGUCCGUACUGUCGAUAAGAACUUUGCUCUCCUCGCCGCCCUGUGAGUAUUCUGUCUUAAAUAAAAGAGUCAUCAAUUUUACC